AUGAGAGACCUUCGCGAGAGCCUGAAGGAGAAGUUCCUCAGCUAUGGGCUGAAGACGGCUUUUCACGUCUUCAAGACGGAGGAGAAUCACAGCAAGAUGCCCCUGUACCCGGGGGCCAAACGACGGCAGACGGCCACCAACAUCAUCGCCAUCUUGCCGGGAAAGCACAGGGGCACGCCCGCCGAUGAAAUCUUCCUCGUCGGUGCCCACUACGAUACGGUGAAGAAGUCGGCUGGCGUGGACGACAACGGCAGCGGCUCGGCGGCCGUUCUCGAGAUUGCCCGGCUGCUGACCAAACACAAGUGCUACUUCAAUCGGACCAUCAUCUUCACGCUCUUCGACCUGGAGGAGGAGUACCUAAAGGGCAGCAAGUACUUCGUCCAGCAGUACCUCAUUCCAACGGAGAUUCGGAAGAACAAGGCCAAGUUCAACGGCGCCUACAUCAUGGACAUGCUGCUCGCCUACAACACCACCGAUGGCAGUCAAUCGCUGCGCGAUUUUUGGCCGACCCUGCCCGCCUUCGUGGAGGAGGUGAAGGAGACGGGCGCCCGCGGGAACUUCCUCAGCGCCUGGGCGCGCCGCAACAUCGACCAGGACCUCUUCUUCUUCCUGGAGAAGAACUGGCGCAACAAGCGCGCCUACCCCAUCAAGCUGAUGGACCCGCCGCUGCCCACCUACAGCCACGAGGUGGCCCGCAGCUGGACAUCGAAUUCCUAA